AUGGCUGCCCUCAGGCUACGUUGCAUGGUCCUGGCCUUCGCCAUGGCCGGAGUCAUGCUCUGUGGGUUCCAUGCACAGGCUCAGACACUCUGUGGCCAGAACCUAGCAAAUCUGAUCUUCCAAUGUUUGCAGUUUGUUCAGAUCCCCGGGCCAACAGUCAAUCCCUCGAAGAAGUGCUGUGCUGAGGUCAAAAAGGUUGAUGUCGUCUGCAUCUGUAAGAAUAUCCCGCCACUGAUCGAGAAGCUGGUCAGUGUACCGAAGGCUGUCCAUGUUGCCAAAUUUUGCGGCCGUCCUCUUCCCAAGGGAACCAAAUGUGGAAAUUACACUGUUCCAUUGGCAUGA